ACCUGAUGGAUCCACGAAAGGCAGGAUUAUGCAAAUGAGGUCCCGGUUCCGAGUGGACUGACGGCUGCGGGAACCUCACCCUGCCGUGACGUCAUCGAGUGCCCCGUCGUCCGAUGGUAUCGGUCCGGGGAUAUAUUACGUAAUUACUUCAUUGGGAGCGAAGUGAUCCGAGUGAUAAGAGCCCCCUAGUGUUGAUGUCCUUGUGAAGAUAAGGGUAUCGCACCUGAGGACAACACAGGUAGCAGGUGUAAGACGGUAACUACCACACACCAACCCAGCCACAACUGCAGAAUUACAGAAUAUUUUUUUAAAAUUAUAAAUACAGGUUUACACAAAGACAGUAGAUAACAUCGUCUAAAGAAUUUAACACAAUGGACCACCACCGCCGCCAUUUCUCCAGAACUUCGUCUCUGAUACCUCUAAUGGUAUUUAUCUUGGAUUAUGUAGCUGUUGACGUCAUCGCCAGCACGACCUGGGAACACCUGUCAUUGCGCUAUGGAACGUGGUACAGACCGCCUAAGACUCCAGCAGAAGCCGUUGCUAUGAGUUACAAGCGGGUGAACGAUAUCUGCUCUAUGGAUACCUACCAUGGAUUCCUGUACGUCCACCCACAUAACGAUAAGUCCCGGCUAAUCUUUGAUUACAACGAUAAUCUAGCUGGUAUACAGGCUGUGAUCCCCGGCAACAUGUUUGGGUUCAACACCAACAACGAGUCGGUCAAGUUCCCAACCAACGAGGUCAUGCCACCCAUUCUCCUCAGCCUGGAGCAAUACAGCCCGGGUGUUCAGAUGUACACCAUCACAGCAUAUUUUAAGCACCCCAGCCUCGUAUGUGGGCCAUACACGCCCCACGCCCACUCUGGAAAGGGCUUGUAUAUCCAGAUGGGCUACAGGGUAGAGAGACAGUUCGAGAAGAUUCCACUUGAAGCCCGCCAUUUAUCAGACGAAUGGAAAACUGGCACCUGUUUGCCUAGCAUGGGCCGCCACUACUUCAAGAACCUGUCCAGAAACCUCCAGUGUGAGCGCCUCUACCCCGUGUUCCUGAUGUACAACGACGAGGGCCAGCUCGGCGGCUUCGGCUGGCUGUUCCAGGGGGUGCCGCCCUCGGAGUCGCCUCGCUCCCCCGUCAAGUGGUUCAAGCACUCGGUACAGUUCUACCCGGCUAUCUUUGACCAGACCAUGCUGCCGCCCUGCAUGUUCAACCCAGAGUUCCACGUCUUUGGCAUCCGCAUCUACCUCCGCAACGAGCACACCAUGACCUGCCCACGCCAUCACGUGCCUGGUGAUAGUGACGACUACGGCGACAACUUAAGCGAAGACACGGACGAAAGUACCAAAACCCAAGAAGUGACCUUUCGCCCGCUGUUUAACCGGGAGCCGAGCCCCAGUUUAAACAGCACCGUGGGCCCUCGUGGGGCCCCUAAAUACAUGAACCCAAAAAACAACAUAAUUGUCGAUGACGUGACGCGAGGGAAAAACAACCGUGCCUCAAUGAACAAUGUUUCUCUGACGUUAAUGUGUGCUUUAUUUUUCUUCUCCAUAACUAAUUUUCUGUCCGCCAGUUCUUUGAUCCACUUGAAACACAGUCUACGGCACAGUAGAAGGUAGCAGCGGAUUCUGGUGGAUUAUUUCUGUUGACAUUUUGUGCCAUUUUGAUUUGAUUCUAGUCAUUGUUGAUUGCUCUAAAGACCGUAAUGUACCAUUAAACUUUUUUCGGUUACUUUGUUCUGUCUGUGAUUUGUAACUGUAACUCUGUAACAAUAUUUUCCUUUCACCAAGUUAGUCUUGUAUUUGACCAUGCCUGGGUAUGUGAUAUGUAACACAAAGAAGUCUCAGAUCCUUCGCUACAUUUAGUCUACAGCAGGCCUAGUAAAGAAACUGUUUAAAUUCCUUAUAAUUAAUAUAAUGUAUCAAAACUAAAAGAAAUAUUUUAAAUAUCUGCUUACCUCUAAAGUUGAUUUCUAAUAUAAUCUACUGCGUUAUAUAAAUUAUACUAAUUUAUUAAUUAAAUUUAGUGUUCUUGAAUAUUAAUUAGUAUCACUUUCAGUUAUAUACUUAAAAUUUAUGAACAAAUGCAAACACUAGUUAACUAAAAUUUAUGUUUUUUAAUAUAAAAAAUACAUGGUUAAAAUGUUCUACUGCUUAAUUGAACAGUUCUUAAUACAUUUUUUUUAAAACAUUUGUGUCGACUUGUGUUGAAAUGAAAAUGCCCUCACUGAUAAUGUUCUGCCUUACCAGAGUUCUAAUUUCCUUUUUUUUUUAUCAUUUGUUUUCAGAAACUAUUAUACUCACUGUUAACGUACCAAAGCUUAAUUUUAAAUGUUAAAAACACAAAAUUUUAUUUAAAAUUAG